GCAGAAUUAUAGUAUUCCAGGUUGGUACUUGAAGCUCAUUUGCAUACUCGCUAUUUACAGAGAUGGAGUAGAUCAGUCUUGAUUGGAGAGUCAAAAAGCUUUGAAGAAUUUGUGACCACAAGUACAUGCAAAUAUAUUUCGUGUGCCUGAAGAGAAUAUCGAUUGGACGACCGCUUCUUGACAUAUCACUCCACUUUUAGUACAUAUAUAUUAGAGUUCUAGUACAACUUCGCCAACGUACAACUCUUCUGUUGCAAGUGCUGGAACAGGACAUAGACAAUGUUAUCCCUAACGAACGGUAAUAGCAAUGGGAAUGGCAACGGGAAUGGUAGAGGUCUUCCGAAGGAGAUAUCGGGGAAAGAGCGGAAGGAAAUCGAAAGACUAAGGACGAUUGCGAAGAGUACUUUGUCUUUUUGAUUACCUACGUACAACACCAACACCUGUCUACUAUCUUCCUUGGUGGCUGUGGGUGUAGCUGUAGGGUCUAGGUGAAGUACAAGGAGUUCUUAUGAUCAGCUUCAAAUCUUUGUCUUUCUGAAGAGUUUCGUAGCCAGCAGGUCGUACCACUCCUGUGAUAUUUUUCUCACCCCUCUUCUUCUUCUUCUUCUUCUUCUUCUUCUUCUUCUUCUUCUUCUUCUUCUUCUUCUUCUUCUUCACAAAUUACUUCCAGCAGGUCAUAAAUUCGAAGGUACCCCUGCUGUGAUAUUUUUCUCACCACUACGUACUGUGAUAUUUUUCUCAAUAAUAAUAGUAAUCUUCUUCUUCACAAAUUACUUCUAGAAGCACUAAAAUGAAUAUGAUGAGGCACAUCCGAAGAAACGAAGAGAAAAUAUGGAUUGUCUGACGAAGAUGUCAUGGUUUUAUGCAAGUAUAUGCAAGGAGCACUGCUGGAUCUCGGAGAUUUGGAAAUGCUGUUGCCGCUGGUCUUUUCGAUAAAGCAGCAUAUACAACAGUACUUAGACCAGGAAAAUCUUAGACAAGUGCAUACCCGUCAAUAUACAUGACUGGGUAUGUCAUCAUCAUCAUCACCGAGUAGAUUCGAAGCAUGCCAUCAGAAGAGACCACAAACAACAACUUAUAUUGGAUAGAAGAUAUCUAAAAAUUUCUCUAGUUGUAGUCUUCGGAUUCUGAGAAGGAGAGGAAGAAGAAGAUAUCAAGAACAUGGCUUGAUGAAAAUCUCAAAUUCAUUCCCAGUCAAUCUCUCUACUUCAGCACUAAUUAUAAACUUGCCCUUCUACUUCUUUAUUCAGGUAUCCCCAAUUCCAUUACAAGAAGGUGGGCCUCGAGAUCUCUAGCGACUGGGAAGCCACGAGGUCUCGAAUUUGCAUAGAUUAUGAGUUGUAUGGGAAAUACAUCUCCAAGAAAGUCACCUGGAGCAAGAAAAUAAGAAGGAAAAGGAACGACCCAGAUGAUUCCGAUUCGUGAGAGUAAAAAAAACCCGAUGCCUCUAAAUAGAUGAGGGCGUCCGCAAGAUGUACAUCGCUAUCCCGGUCAAAGCACGUGCGGACUAUUCCAGGUGGACGAUCAAGAACAGUCCUUUCGUGUACACUAGCCUCAUAGAGGUGUACGAAGGCUAUGGCAUGGACGUCGAAUUGCCAACAAAAUUAAGGCUUGCCGUAAUUCAUCUAAGAGGCAUCUUUGGGCACGAUUUCAAGGGGAAUUCACUUCAAAGAUGCACUUUAAGAUGAAUAUGGAUAAGGUCUAACAAAAGUGGACUUUAUCAUCUACGAACCAACGCCAGAGGCCGCACAGAGAAGACAGCUCAGUCAGGAGGAUAAUUUCUGCUUGAAAUUGAUCAAAGAGAAACACUUGGUGGAUCCGCAUGCAUGGAAUAGAGUGCUCUUUAUCUAGCUUGUUCUUGAUGUUUGCUUUGGGAGCGAAGGCACGACGCCGACAAGAUUAUAGAUUGCUUUCGUAACAGUGAUGCAUGAUUUACCUUUUUUUAUCUUGCAGAGCUUGCUCUUUAUGGCGGAUGCGGAAUCAGAAAUGUACAGGUAAAGAAAAAUCACAUCCGUCGACAAACUUGGUACGUCGGCACAUAAAUUAUGCCCGAACUGAAAUAGUGUUAGUGUUUCGUUUUUGCAUCAUCUUUUUCAAUCGUAGUAUCGUUAGCGCAUAUGAAAUCAUCGUUUUGGUCGAGGAUCGAUCCUUGGUUUAAAUUUCCACUUGGUAUCGCGAAAUGCUGCCAUAUUGUAACCGUGAGCGUGACUGCCCAGGUAUUACAUAAGUAAUAUGAAUUCUACAUCACAACAAAUCGCAUGCUAUUAACCCAUUCCGACAACUACAUACAGAAAGAUAUGGAAAGAUUUCGAUACAACAACUCGUGGAAGUCAAUGAAUCCUUGUCGUAUAGAAGUACGACUCGUUUAAUCGUGUUAUCGACGACGAAGAAUACUCCAU